GAGUGCUUGAGUUAAGCCGCAAAAUCACCUACAACUAAAUACAUGUGAAUUUCAGUCCACACGAAAGAUGCCUAUGUUGUCAAAUCACCAUUUUGGGUUUCACAACAAUAAAUUUUUAUACCGUUGCUGUCAGGGCGGCUAAAUUUGUCCGAUCUCGUCAAUGUUACACGAGCUUGAAUGAAAUCCAGUGCAAACAGAUUACAGAUUACAGAUUAAUUAUUCUCAUACAGACAAAGACAAGGAUAAAAUUCUCAGGAAUAUUCUUUAUUGCCGGCCGAUUUUCUUAAGGAUUUUCUAAGCAGUAAUAUUUUUCAAUUUUCUGAGGGAUCCAUUUUUAAUGGCUCUCAGAGGAUUCUGAAUGAAGAAACUGCUUGAAUGAUUGGCAAUUGAUGAAGUUUUCGUUAAAAUUCUCACAAUUAUAAAAUUCCCGUUAAAAUUUUGAUAGCGGGUUAAAUUUUCCGUUGAAAAUUUAGCAGUUGUGCAAAUUUUGUUUAAGAUCUGAGAAUCUGUGAGAGCUGAAGUAUGAUUAUGUGGAUUGAAGAUGGGGUUUGACGGUAUGUUUAUGUGGAUUGAAGAUGGGGUUUGACGAAAUUUGGCUGAAAUGGUUAGAGAUUUGAAGAGUUUUACGCUCAGGUUUCCUGAUCCGCUGCAGAGAUUAGAGGAAUAGAGAAAUGAAAUAAAUUUGCUCUAUAGAUAUUAGCUUCGAUGCUGGAUCUUUGGAUUUUGUUUCAUCUGCUUGACUAAGCCAUACAUUUUGAUGUUUAGGAUUAUAUUGGUCAGAUCUAACAGCAUCUCUGUAUAAAUUUUAGUGGAAAUUUGAGAAAAUAGCUGGGAAAUAGUUAGAAUUCAAUUUUUGGUAGUUCCCUUGUAUGAAAUUGAUGAGUUUGACUGGUGAUUGCUACAUUGAUGGUGGACAUUUGGGAAGAAUGGUGGACAUUGGGGAAGAAAAUGAGGGAUCUGGUCUGUUAUCCUGUUAAAUCCGAAAAUAUUGAAAGCAGUUUUCAGUUGUUGGAGCCGAGCUGGCCCUAAGUUGUGGCACUGGUUGUUGUGAGACUUUUAAUUUUCAGUGAGGAUCUUUCAUCUAGAAUCCCUCGUAUGCCUUAAAGUUUGUUCUAAGGCAUUUGUUACCAAAAUGGCGAAUUUAUUCUGAGGAAGUUCUCGCAAGCCAAAUUUACCUAUGGGACAAUAAUCAUCCCUCAGUUGCUCUCCAAAGCAAGGUUUUUGCCAUUUUAAAAUAUGAAUAUAAAAUUUAUUCUGGUGUCUUGGGUCAGGGUAUUUCUCAAGAUUGCCAUUUGCUUCUAAGAAUGGUUCUCAUGGAUUCAUUGAGGUUUUCAAAAGACACUACUUCACUCAAUUUAGCUCCAAUUUUGGGUGGCAAUCGAAUGUCAGGAGAACUAAUAGGAGAUGGUGAUUCAACCUUGUUCUUGUGUAAUUACUAUGAUUUGGAGCAAGUGAAGAAAUUGGUUCAAUCCUUGCAUUUGGGUUUGGCAACUGCCUGUGUGGCAAACACCAUGGGCGACUUUUUCAAGACUCCUGCAACUGUUGCUGCAAACCUGAGGAAGGAAAUGGUUAUAUAUCUUCAGCAGCAGAGUAAAGCCUAUGCGAUGGAAUAUGUGGCAAGUUCAGAAUUUUCGAGUUCCCGAGAAAGCCCUGUUGAAGUGGUGGAUGACCUGAUUGAAAAGUUUGUGUAUAGUAAGAGGAAUAUAUUUACCAGAGUAUCUGGCUGGUUUCUGGGUGAACAGGAAGAGGACAAGAUUGAUGACUUUGUUUAUGAAAUGGACAAAAUGGGUUUUUGGGUGAAAGGACAGCGAGAAGUUUUAGCAAAGGAGCUCCUGAAAGCUAUUGACCUGGGCAAUACCUAUCACUGUGACAUGAAGUUUGAGUCUAGAGAAGAGCUUGAACUUCACAAAAGUGUGUGCGUGUUGCGACCGUUACAUUGUACUAAUGAGGGAUGCAGGGAGGUAUUUUGUGCAGCGUAUGCAAAAGAUCAUGACACAGCAUGCCCCUUAAAGCUAGUUCCUUGUGAACAAAAUUGCUCUAAAAUUGUGAACAGGAUUGAAAUGGACAAGCACUGUAUUACUGAAUGCCCUAUGAGAUUAGUGAAUUGUCCUUUCUAUCAAGUUGGUUGUAUAUCCACUAUACCUCAGGCAUCAAUCAAGGAGCAUUGUGCAGAAUUUCUACAGUCACAUUUAUUCUAUGUUCUCCAGUUUUUACGUAAGCAGGAAGCAUCGGUUGGAGAUUUGACACAACAGGUUAUAUUGCUGGAGAAGUCUCUUUCUCACAGUCAGAGGUUGGAAGCUGUGGAUAUAGGUUCAUUGUGUCUGAUAAUAAGGGGGCAGGAAGCAAAGAUGCAGACAGUAGAGCAAAUCGAUUUUCGGCAGGAUAUGAAGGCUGCUGAGGUGCUGUAAUUGCAUCAUCAAAUGCAGAGCUUACAAAAGAAACUAGAUAACAAGCCUUAAAUAAAGGGAACAGAAAAUUGCAAGGAUUUCUUAUGUUGGCAUGCAUCAUUCAUUUGUAGGUGAACAGGGAAAAAUGGACAAGUUUAUCCAGAAAGGAAUACUUCAUAAGAUGACUGAAGUAAAAUUAAUUAGGGCAAUGUUUGUAACAGAAUGUGUUUUCAACUCUUUGAGGUAAAAUGUGAAAUGCUGAGAAUACAAAAGAGGCUGGUCAGUAAAUGUACUAGCGGCAGGUCAUUUUCAUGCAAAUUGUGAAUCCAAAUGACAAAAACAUGCUAUAAUUACCUUUGAAAGUUGUCUUUUUGAGCUUAUGAAAUUCAUUUAGAAUCAAAUUAUUUUCUAAUUGACAA